ACGAGUGUUUAAUUUGCAUAAUUGGAAUAGCCAAUACUAUUGCGUGAUGUGUGUUAUCUGCAGGUCAAUGCGAUCAAGGCCGGGUGAACGCUUUGUGGGACAUGUUUUUGUUUAGGAAUGGGUAAGCGAGUGGUCUCAUCCUGCGCUCAUGCGGAGGUGGGGUGUGCCCUCAGGGCGUCAUAGUAUUUCAGCAGAGGACAGAGCAGCAUUUUGGAGACAGUCCGUUAUUUAGACAGUCACACAGUGGUCCACAGUUGAGCAGGUUGAGACAAACGGGUAGACUAUAAGUUUCAACGAUAUAUUAUUCUUUAUAUACCGCUAUUCUCAUGUGGGUCUAAGUCGUAGACGUCUGUCUAUUUCCAACGUUUGAACCCGUGACUGGUGGAUAUUUUUACGAACAUAUUUCGCAAAGUGGAAAAAUGCCUCGGUCUUUCUUGGUCAAAAAGUAUUUCGCCAAUAAAAAACCCAACUAUAGUGAACUGGAGUGUCAAAAUGCCACCUCACUGGAGAGGUACCCACUAGCUGAGCUUCCAGCAGGGGACAAUAACUUAGCUGCCACCUGUUACACAACAGGACUGGUAUGGGACGUGAGCUUCCUUCCAGCCCUCUACGUCCCCACAUCCCCCACUGAUGCCUCUCCCACCCCCGGUCCCCUGGACCUCAGCUCCCCAUCCAGCCUCAGCAGCAGUGCCAGUAGCAGUGGGGAGGAGGAUGAGGGGCGCACCUCUGACCCACCCAGCCCCGAGCCUACAGACACCUACCACCCCCCCCAGCGCCCCAAACGCACAGGCAUCAAGAGCCAUGGGGCCCUGACCGAGGACGAGAGAGUGGCCCCAGUCACUGCAGCAAGGCCAGCCUUCUUCUGCAAGCACUGCCCUAAAGAGUACACCAGCCUGGGGGCGCUGAAGAUGCAUAUCCGCUCGCACACACUACCCUGUGUCUGCCCCACCUGCGGGAAAGCCUUCUCCAGGCCCUGGCUGCUGCGCGGCCACAUUCGCACACACACAGGUGAGCGGCCGUUCUCCUGCCAACACUGUAACCGUGCCUUCGCCGACCGCUCCAACCUGCGGGCGCACCUGCAGACCCACGCUGAGGUGAAGAAGUACCAGUGUGGCGUGUGUUCCCGUACCUUCAGCCGCAUGUCCCUCCUCCAGAAACACAGCGCAGUCAGCUGCUCCACCUCUUCCACAGCAUGAGCAGGAAGGGGCCAUGGAGUUUUCCCCACAGAGACCUCAGGGCGGUAGGAGAGUCUACAGACUCAUAUCACCAGCAAGACCAGAGGAGCCUGAGCCAAUCUGCCAACAGAGACCAUGAACUCACCGUUAACUGGUAGAAGAGGAAGUUGACCCUGACUCAUAUCUCUUUGGAUGGAUCUUUCACAGCCAUCUGUUUCAAUCUCAUUUAAAGAAGAAGAAGAAGAACAUUUUUCAAACUCCUCCCAUUUCAAGUCUGGUAGAUGUUUUGGACUGUAAGUAACUCUGUACUCCUGCCAUUCUCCCGGUCCCAACUUAGUUUUUUCCUCAUAUACAGUAGUGGAUUCAUGAGGGUUAGUGGUGCCAUUGUUUUUGUCUAUCCCGGCCUUUGUCCUGGCCAGACAAGUUCAGGAUCAUCGUGGCCUAGACACAGCUGCUGAGAGAGGUAGGGUUGCGUGUGUGAGAUACAUCUCUCAGCAUGACACACACACACACACACAGCUGUCCCUGGUAGAGUGGUGUAGAUAGACAAGGUGCUAACAGGUGCUCUGGCCCUGACCUUCACUGGGCUGAUAACAGGUGACUUCCACCUCCCCCAGAAAGAGGAAGUAUGUCAUCAUCACAAAGAGGAUGGGGUCCGUUGGUCCCUUUGUGUGCAUGUCUCUAGUGGGUGCGUCUUAAGCUUUUACUUUGACUACAUCAAGCCCAGAUGUAAUCUGAUGUGUUUCAAAGACAGGAUAAAGCCAUUUGUUUCUGUUGUUAUUCCUUAUGGAAGCUCUCAGCUUUCAAUGUCGUUUUAACUCCUGAAUGAUAAUCUAAACCAUGCACUCCAGGUUACCACAGUGUUAAUUAUUGCCAUCGUUCUCUACAAUGAUGGAGAGAACAGUCUUUCCCAUGCCAUUUUUGUAAGAUAUAAACUUGUUUUGUGAAAUGUAUUCUUUCUAAACCAAAGAUGUGCCUUCUUGCCUCAGCUAGUAGUUUUACCAUUAUGCAUCAAACAGUCAGAACUGUGGGGAAGGAGGGGACCAAAUGCCUUGUCUAAAAUGUUUACGUCAUAGAGGCACGGUUUCACAGCCCUGGCUGUAAAAGAGGUGAAUUUUACAUUUCCUAAACCUUUUAUGGUUUGCAGUGUGGUGUCCAGAUUGUAUGUAGUCUUAUUUUUUACUGUUUUUGUGUUUUUCACUUCUAUUUCAAUUAUUUCAUAGCUGAUUGAUUUGCAUUCAAUAAAAUAAUUUAUGUUUCUAAAAA